AAUCCCAGUCUAUUAUGGCUUUUUAACUCUUGACGCAGCAUAAAGUUACAUACACCUUAUUUCUUUGUCCUAAAGAAAUACAACUUUUCUAAUUUGUAUAGAGAGGAAUCAUUUGCACGUACUAAGUUUUCGUGUGAAAGUUGACGGUCAAAGAAAGAGUUCACUCUGUGAUCAUCAUUAUGAGUGAUUCCACCGUUUCUGAAACUACUAGUCCUAUUAGAGAGAUUUCUACAACUCCUAAUGAAGAUCAAAUAGCGUCUUCUGAAAAACCAAAAGUUACAGAGAAGCUUGCAGUCGARYUUGCACUGAAGUAUUGGGGAAUCUAUGCUACAUUUGCUCGAGAGCUAGACAGCUAUGGAGAUCGUAAUUUCCACAUUAAAGGAUCUAAAAAGGAAAGCAACGGAACAACCGAAAGCAAUGAAUUUGUUUUGAAGAUUUUAAACUCGGUUGAUUCCGYSAAUCUCAACAUCAUUCAAGCUCAAAAUCAGUGUAUGUURUUUGUAAAAGAGCGAGGCAUUUCUUGCUCUUUUCCUUUGCUGGCAAACACUGGGAAACACACGGUUUUCGUGAAAGAUAGCGAUUUUCAUGAAAAAACGUAUGCAGUUCGUAUGAUGAACUUUCUACCAGGCCAAAUGCUAAAAGAUGCAUUAAAAGUAAAAUCUUCAUCCACGCCGGUAUUGCUGUACAAUUCUGGACGAUUUGUUGCUCAGCUUGAUAGAGAACUCGAGGAUUUCAAAGACCCAAAUUUGAUAAGCUACGAGUUUAGCUGUGACUUGCAAUACCUGAGUCAACUAGAGCCGUUCAUUCUACCCAAGUACAUAAAGAACAAAGCUGAUCUUGAUCUCAUCGUCAAAGUUUUCAAACAGUACACAAGAAUUGUUCCUCCAGUCUUACAACACCUAACCAAGCAAGUGAUUCACAAUGACGCCAAUGAUAUGAACAUCUUAAUAAAUAACAUUAACAGCCAUCAUCAUCAUCAUUUCAGCAUCAUCGAUUUUGGAGAUCUGUGUUACAGCUAUCGGGUGUUUGAAAUCGCCAUAGCAAUGUCGCACAUCAUCAUUGCAUCUAGAUCUGAAGGCUCKACGUUUGAUAWUGCAGGGUGUUUUUUAAGGGGGUAUCAUUCUGUUUUUCCUUUAAGUGAAGAUGARCUGAGUGUCAUUUACUGGUGCAUUGCAGGCCGAUUUGUUCAGAUUUKAAUUCACGGAUCGACUAAAUUAUCGAUGCAGCCUGGUAAUGAUUACGUWMGGGSRAUCUUACAACCURUCUGGGAGAUACUUCCUCGAUUUSUAUCUGUCGACCACUGUGAAUUACUGRAKAUGUGGAUCAAUGGAUCUCUGCCGURAUCCUACUGA